GAGCAAAUCAAGUCGUUCAACGUGGGCGCCAACCCUUACACCUGGUUCACCAUGGAGGCGCUCGAGGAGACGUGGCGCAAUCUACGCAAAAUUAUUGCGGAGCGCGAUGUGGAACUAAGCAAGGAGGCGCAGCGGCAGGAGGAGAACGACAAACUGCGCAAGGAGUUCGCCAAACACGCGAACGCAUUCCACCAGUGGCUCACUGAGACACGCACGUCUAUGAUGGAGGGCACUGGCUCGCUGGAGCAGCAGUUGGCGACGCUGCGCCAGCGUGCUGGCGAGGUGCGCGCGCGCCGCGCUGACCUGCGCCGACUGGAGGAACUUGGCGCCGCUCUGGAGGAACACCUGAUCCUGGACAAC